UACAGGCGAAAGAGGAAGAGCCGAAUACUUUCUGUUUCAAUUCUUCGUUGAGGGAGGAAACCAAAGGACAGGAGAGACAUCCUCGGUCAGGCAGCCCCCGUUUCAGUCCUUUUAUCCACCUGGCUGUAAAGUGGCAUCAAGUCCUCAUUGGAUUUUUGCUGAAACAGAAGUGGAGGCAGAGGAAAUACGCAAAGGAAAUGACUUCAAAUUCAGGCAGUAUUGGAAAUCCGAUAUAUAACAUGCUUGAAAACAUAAAUGAGAAGGAGAAAAAUCCAGAUUUGAAUACAAUGCAUCAAGCUAUGAGCGAUGAUGUCAUAUAUGUUGACUGCCUAGACCAGGCCACAGCUUCUGGAUCACCAUCAGGGGAUGCUGACAUUGUAUCACAACAACCAUCUGGAUCCAAAGGAAGAGCACGUGGUGGUAAGAGAAAGAAAAGGAGAAACUGGAGGUCCCAAAGAAUGUUAGCUGCCAAUCGGAAAACUGCAUGCACUAAAAAAGGAAAAAGGGUACAAACCAAGUAUCAUUGCGAUGCCUUAAGACCCACACUGAAUGUGUACUGCGGAAGAACUCAAGGUGUUUUGUUUAAAGAAGAAAUGAAAAAAGGUGUUCGUGAGAAAUGUAUCAUGGUUCGGAAGACAGGGGAUCCUAAUGAAAAAUGUUACACACUGUCAGAAUUUGAAGUACAAGGAGGAUAUGGGAGAUCAAAAAACUGGAAGAAUUCUAUUCGUUGUUGUUGUUGUAAACAAAUGUUAAAAACAUUAAUAAAGGCAGGAAAACUUCCUAAACUACCACACUUCAGAAAAGGAAAGGGAAAGGCUCCAGUUCAUCAGGCAUCUCGGGUCCAGCCAUCAGAUGUUGACGGUCUGGACCAGGCCACAGCAUCAACAGCACCUGGAUCACCAUCAGGGGAUGCUGAUAUUCUGUUGCAACAACCAUCUGGAUCCAAAGCUUCAAACCAAAGAACUGACAUCCCAAAUAGCCUGCACAGAACACAAAAACAAUUAUUGGAUUACAUAACCAGGCUCCAGGACACAAUGAAUGACCUAAAGCAAGCCCUGGAUAUGUCUGAUGUGAAGCGACAAAUGACUGGCAUUUACCAACAGUCUCUUACACUGAAAACAUCAGUAGAGAAGAUGAUGAAAACUCGAGUCCCUGAAGAGCCACAACCUUAAGGAAAUAUGUUUCCCUUACCACCUUUUCUUUAAAACCAUCUAACUUUUGCAUGAAAUGAUGUUGAAACCCAUUUUUGGGGGAAAGGAUUCCCUGAAAUACAAAGAGCAAAAGGCCACUAUACACCAAAAGUAAAACAGUUAAUAAUAAGGAUACAUAUCAUAUCUAUGCUAUGGUACCCAUUUUGGAGAAAUUGUGACCAUCUUCAUAAU